CCUGUGUGAGUUAAAGCUUUGGUUACACAACUGUCAACUAUUUCGUUUUUUCUUCCUCUUUCUCUGUAGUUCAGGAAUCUUUUUCUCUCAUGGGACUAUUUUAAGUUUGUACAUGUUCGUGCAUGCAGGUGUUGGGAGUUGGACUGCACAGCUGGUUUGAUGGUAUCUCCUCCCCCACUACUGCCGACGCCAUGGGAGUUGGUUUCCUAUUACAGAUUUGCUUCGCACGCAACAACUCUCACGACAAAAGACAGUAGAAAUACCUGAGUGCGUGACACUGAAACACCAGGAAGAGAUGGGUAAACGCAUUCCACACGCACAAAUCUGAGUGGGAGGAGAAAAGGAAAUGAGAGUAAACACACAGACGAGUUCAAAGAUACAAACUCCUAAUGGAUCAGGAGGAGUGGGAUCAAUACAUGUGAACCAAUAAAACUUCCUAAAGAAAUCCUCUGUUACGUAAGCGCUGGACUCAAAGUGCAGCCUGCACUUCCUGUGGAGUCAGGAAACACUCCCUCACAGCACGCUCAUAAAGCCGCCUCCCUCAGACCUCCAGCUCUCAGUCUGGCGUGCAGGAAAGAAGGGAGGAGGCGAUGGGAGGAAGAGGGUGGAUUCUGGCCGUGCUGUGCUGCCUCAGUCUGGGGCCCGCUCAGGGGGGGAAGGUGCUGGUCAUGCCGGUGGAUGGAAGUCACUGGCUCAGCAUGAAGAUUCUGGUGAAGGAGCUCAGCCGCAGAGGCCAUGAGGUCACGGUUCUGGUGCCGGAGAGCAGCCUGCUCAUCAAAGGCUCGCAGGACUACAAGACGGAGGUCCACAAAGUUCCCUUCACCCAGGAGGAGCUGGACGCAAAGUUUGAGAAGCUCAGGCAGUCGGUGUUCACCAAGACGCCCGAGUUUGCAGAUAUGUUUGUGAACGUGCAGCGUUUGGUGGAGUUUACGUCCCUGCAGGUGAAAGGUUGUGAGAGUUUGCUGGACAGCCAGGAUCUGAUGGAGAAGCUGAGGGGAGAGGGCUUCGACGUCCUGCUGACUGACCCCUUCCUGCCCUGCGGCUCCGUCCUGGCCAAGAUGUUUUCCAUCCCAGCCGUCUACUUUCUGCGCGGGCUUCCAUGUGAGCUGGAUUACAAGGCCAACCAGUGUCCCUCUCCGCCCUCCUUUGUUCCCGUGUACUUCUCCGGGACCACCAGUGAGAUGGACUUCUUCCAGAGAGUGAAGAACUUCGUCAUGUACAACGUGCAGUCGUACGUCUGCACCGUGCUCUAUCAACACUUUGACAAUCUGGUCAGCGAGCGCAUUGAAACAGGAAUGUCCUACAAAGACCUUUUGAGCCACGGGGCGAUCUGGCUCUUCAGAUACGACUUCACCUUCGAGUGGCCCCGACCGCUCAUGCCCAACAUGGUUUUGAUUGGUGGGAUCAACUGUGCCAAGAAAGCCCCUCUGCCAGCCGACCUCCAGGAGUUCGUGGACGGCUCAGGAGACGCCGGCUUCAUCGUCUUCACGCUGGGCUCAAUGGUGUCCACCAUGCCUGCAGAGAAGGCCAAGCAGUUCUUCGACGCGUUCCGUCAGAUCCCCCAGAGGGUUUUGUGGAGAUACACAGGAGAGCUGCCCGAAGAUUUGCCUAAAAACAUCAAAGUUAUGAAGUGGCUUCCUCAGAAUGACCUUUUAGCUCAUCCCAAAAUCAAAGUGUUCAUGACCCACGGAGGCACCCAUGGAAUCUACGAGGGCAUCUGCAACGGGGUUCCCAUGCUGAUGUUCCCUCUGUUUGGGGACCAGGGGGACAACGUGCACCGGCUGGUGGCCCGCGGCGUUGCAGAGAAGCUCAGCAUGCUGGACGUGACCACGGAAACGCUCCAGGCGGCACUGAAGAAAAUCAUCAACGACAAAAGCUACAAAGAGCGCAUGGAGACUCUGUCCUCCAUCCACUUAGACCGGCCCCUGCAGCCGCUGGAGCUCGCCACGUUCUGGACCGAGUUCGUCAUGAGACACAAAGGAGCCACACAUCUCCGGGUGGCUGCACACGACCUGAACUGGUUCCAGUACCACAGCCUGGACGUCAUCGGCUUCCUCGUCGCCGUGGUCAUCGCCGUGUUGUGGGUGACUCUGAAAUGCUGCUCGUUCGCCGUUCGCAAGUGUUGUGGACGGCGAAGCUCAAAGAAGAAGUCCGAGUGACGCGAGCGGGAAAAGGGAACGGUUCCAACGUGACUGUGAAGCUUCUGUGAGGUGCACUGUGUGUGUUUGUGUAAAUGUGUGCGUUUGUACAAAGUGAAAAACAUCCAUAAGAAAUGAUUUCCUGAACCUUCUGUAAAAUAAUAAAAAAAACAAAAAUCA